GUUGGAGUGCACAAUUUCAUAUGUGCGUUACAUUUGAUGACAUCCAAUGUUAUAAGUGCAAAUAUCAUUACUUUGAACUGAAACCGUGCUACUUCCAUAUUCUUCACAUUUAAAACAACCAAUAAAAGAUUUUGUGGUUUACAUUCUAUCCUUCAGCAAUAAGUUAAAUCAGAUUACUUAUAAUUGGCGGAAAAUUCUUUGAGUCCAUAUUUCGUAAUGCAGUGGAAAUCUAAGAAAAUUGAGGCAAAGGACACUACUUUCAAUCCUGACAAUAUUGGUGAUAUCGACUUCAGUGGUGAAGAUCUUGAACAGGAAUUACUUGACUUAUUGCAUGAUGAUCCAACCCUUGAGAUUUCUAAUAAAUCUUCGUCUUUUGAUCAGGAUGAAAAAAACUGUGAUGAAGACGAUGAAUUGUUACUUGCUGAACUAGUAAAAUCAAUGGAAAGUGGGAAAUCUCCUGUACCGAACAGAGCUAAUAAGAUGGAUGAAUUAGAAAUCAACGAAGAUAUUUUCGGCAAUCAAAAGACAAGUACUGGUAGUACUUCCAAGCUGCCUCAUCAAACAUCGGGGUUCGAAGGAAGUGAUUUUGGAUCGUCAUUGCUGAGUUCUCCAAGAAACAGUGGUCUGACGACGAAUUCAAAGGUAAUUAUCAUGCUUUAGUUUGUUGCUUUAUGUAGAUAUACAAAAUACGAGUUGCGUUUCUUAUUUGUUAGAAAUUUUAGUGAAGGACCGUUUUACAUGUCAAAGAGUAUUGCUUUAUACACUUAACAAAAGCUUUUCUCUCGUAAUGAAUCUCCUCACUGUUGACAUAUACAUAUACAUACAUAAUUUCAAGGGCAAAGUUGCUAUACUGAUACUUAUAGAUUAGGUAUAUAAAAUCGCGUCAUAUUAUUAGGAUUUAAAUACAGAGGAAGACGAAGGUAUCAUCGAAGAAACGUUCACAAUGUUUUCGUAAAUUUCUCUGUCGUGUGUCUUAUGUUUCAUCAGAAAUAUAACGCUGUUGUCAAACCAUACUCGGUUAUAUUUAAAAUUCAUAAGUCAAAUAAUUAUAUAGAUCGCAUUCAGACAUUGGUGUAUACAACGUACCACGGAAUUAACGACUGAACGUCAUUUAACACAUUAGUGAUAGAAUGAUAUAAGUUUUUUAGUUCAAGAUUUUAGUCUAGAUGUGAUUACCAGGUUCGGUUCUUGUUCGCCAUAUCAGAAGGUUAUAAAUAUAUCUAUUUGAAAUGGCUGUACCUUUACAAGGAUCCUUCUAUAGACCUAAUAAGUUUUGUAAUCCUCAAUUAAUUGAGCUUAAGAAGAAAACCCUGUCGCUGUUCAUUGUUCAUGGUGAACUGAUUUACGAGAAUUCACUUUGACGAUCCAAAUAUUCUGUAAAAGUCAACUUCGACGGUCUAUAAUACCAAAUAAAUGCUAUUUCCAUAAAAUAUGAGCGAUAAUUAUGAGUCAAUGUUGAUGAAAUCUACAGCAAUCUCACUGAUACUUAUUUUGGAAAGCAAAUAUUUUAAUUGAACACAUAUAUUCCAGAAAUUACAGAAUACGCAUUAAUUUACAAGGGUAAUUAGGUUGGUACAAUAUGGAUCCAACAUAUAAAAAGAAACGUAGAUUGUUUCAAAAUAUAUGAUACGUAAAUUGUUUGGGAUUGGAAACCUACUAAAAAGAUAUUGGUAAUGCGAAGCAUAUGGCGGUAACAGUUUCUAUAGCUAUUUUAAAAUAGACUGAAUAUCGGUAUUGGUGGCUACAUUGUCAUUCCGGGUAGCUUCGUCUAAUCAGUAGACUGGAAUACCGUCACUUCAGCUUUUGCCAACGGUAUAACAGCAAAAAAGUCAAGAUACAAAGUGGUUAGAAAUAUUAUACUUCAGACAUGCAACUCAGGCGAUCAGACCGCUAUCAAGGAAGAGUAAGUGUAGGGAUUGUCGUGUGGUAUGUAGAAUGACUUGACAGUUAAUCAGUGCGUGAAUUGUUUAAUCGGUUUAUAUGGGCUGAAUGGACAAUAGACAAACAAGCCCAAAUCGAUUCACACGUAUAUUAAAAUGUAUGUGCAUAAAAGUUGUCCUUAAUUAUUUGAAUCAGUACGAAGUAAUUAGUAGGAUCAAAAUGACACAUGAACGUUGGGCUUUAUACCAGUUCAGAAUGCCCUUGUUUGGGCGUUCGCUGUAGGCAAAUAAUAUAAAGCUGUUACAUCAUAACAGAUAACUUGGCGAUAAAAUGUUCAGAUAUUAUGAAAAUCUAAUAUUUUGUUUCUAUGUACUUCUUGUUCUUUGAUAGAACGGAACAAAUUGUGAUAACGACGAUGAAUUGUUACUUGCUGAACUAGUAAAAUCAAUGGAAAGUGGGAAAUCACCUGUAUCGAACAGAGCUAAUAAGAUGGAUGAAUUAGAAGUCAACGAAGGAGAUAUUUUUGAUGAUCAUAAAAUAAGUACUAGUAAUACAUCCAACAGUGGUUCAGUGACAAAUCCAAAGGUACCUUCAAAUAAUAAUGCUUUGGGAAAUAGUUCAGGAAGUACUUUAAAACCGACUGCCGCUGAUGUAAAACCUGAUAUUCGUCAAGCUGUAUUGGAUUAUAUCAAUCCAAAAACUUCUAAUUCUGGUCUAGAUUUAUUGAAAAAUCGUCAUAAAGAAUACAAAUUAGCUGCUUUGAAAGCUCGUGAUACAGGCCAACUAGGGAAAGCAAAAGAAUUAUUGGAAGCAUCAAAGUGUAUUGGAGAAGCUAUCGUGAAUAUAGAAGCUGGCAAAGAAACAUUCGAUCCAGAGACAGACUUACCUCCUCCUCCAUCGGAGUAUGAAUUCUCUAAUGAGGGGGAUCCAAACAAUGAAACUGUGAUUGCUCAGCCACCACCUUCAUCUCAGCCUGUAAAAUCGACGAUACCAGAUAUUAUGAAAACGUCUAUUGUUUGCACAGAAAAUAUCUUAGCUCGUAUAACCUACUAUAAAGAAAAAUUAAAGGAAAUAACCAACGAUGACUCAAAGAAACGUCGUUACAAUCGUAUUCUCACACGGUAUGAUGAAGGACUGAGAGCUUGUGAACGUGGAGUUACUUCGUUUGAAUUUGAAGAGUUGGUCCCACCUCCAGGUUAUCCUCCACUUACUGAUCGUUCUAAAUUAAGUAAAAAUGUAAAACUAUCUAACAAUGAUCCAAAAAUAUCUCUUGCAAAACCUAGCUCUGGGCAUCCAAUAAGAAGUAAAACGGAAGCAAUUGUUGAACUAUUAACUAAACGUCAAGAUGAGUUGAAACAAGCCGCUAAAGCUGCAAAACAAUCUGGUAAUAUUGAAUUGGCUAAAACGUACAUUCGAUCAGUUCUUGGAAUGAAUCAAAUGAUACAAGCUGCUGAAGCUGGCUUACCAAUAGAUUUAACUCAAUUACCACGGCCACCUGCACUUACUGAUUCUAAUCCAUCUAGACCUAUAUUAAGUGGAUUAAAAUGUGAUCCACCUGUAAAGUAUGCCGUUGCUUUUAAUUCUUUAUCAGGUGAUCAGUUAUUUAAAACAUACUCAGAAAUUUUAUCAGAACAAGAACAACUAAUUAACAAUUUAAUAAAUCAACAUCGUCGUAAUGGCGGUGCUAAUGCACACUCGAUAUUAUCGAAAUUAUCUGAUUUACUUAGUGUGAAUACGUGUAUCAAGAAAUUAUUAUCUAAAUACAAUCAACAUGUAUCUAAUUUAACCGCAUAUUUUGAAUAUGCCAAUUUGCCUAAAUGUAAUUUGAAUGCUGAAUUAGCGGAUGAUAUACUUGAAGUUAGUAAUAUUCAUGGUAUAGCUUAUCCACUUCCAUCACAUUAUUCAAAUAUUGAUACUUAUGUUGAAGUUGAAUUCAGUUUAAAUAAUGCCAAUCCACCAAUGAAGUUAUCUACAAAUGUAGUUAAAUCAAGUAGUGAACCAAUAUAUAGUCAAUCAGUUAAAGAAUUUCGUGUAAAUACAAAAAGUCAUUCAUAUAGACGAUUUGUUCAAAAUAAUCGUUGUCUAAAAGCAACAGUAUAUUACAAUCGUGGUAUAUUUCGAAGCUGGGGUGUACUAGGUAUAACUGAAAUUCCUCUUACUGGACUUGUCCAAUCGGCAACCGUAACUCAUGUUGGUGAUUUGAAAGAAGGUCGUAAAGUAGUAGGGGGUCGUCUACAAGUACAAUUAAGACAACGUGAAUCACUUAGUGGAGAAACUGUUGUUUAUCAACAACAGCCUUGGCUUUUAUUAUCUGCACCGAAACAGAUUAAUGAAUCACCUAAACUUAUUGAAAUCGAAAAUUCAAAAAAUAAUCCUGUUUCAUCAUCUUCUUUGUCUACACCAAAACAGACUGAUUCGCCUAGAUCUAUCAGAAGUGAAAAUAUAAGGCAUAGCCCUGUUCCUUCAAUUUCAUCAAAACAAACUAAUUCACCUAAACCUAUCAGAAUUGAACAUGCAAUGAAUAAUCCUAUUUCUUCUUCUUCUUCUGUCUCUACAAAAGCAACUAAUUCUGUUUCAUCGUUAUCAUCUCGUGUUGUGAUCGUGAGAAACACAGAUAAUUCUUAAUUGUUUCAUUAAUUGAAUAAAUAUUAUGAUACUUUGUAUUUCACUUGAAAUGUCAUGCAUCAAGAAAUCAAGUACAGAUUUGCCUGUUUUUUUUAAUCAAAUGAACAUAGAAUUACCUGUUACAAUAAUUAUUCAAAGGAUAAUUCUAUCUAUAUUCAUCCAUCAUUUCAAAGAGAUGUUUUAUGUAUAUAAUUCAUUUGGUAAUAAUGGAAUUUGUAAUAUUACAAAAUUAUUUUUCUUUCUUUUUUUAAUUUCCACAAGUCAUUUUUGAUUUGUUUUCUUUCUUUUUUCUUUUUCAAAGAAAAACUAUUUUCAGUAGUACUAUAAUUGUCAUUAG